AUUUAAAAUAGAGAAGAAUGAAAGCUUCCACAAUUUAUGCGGCCGAAGUUUGCUCCCCCCCCUCCAUGAUCCCGUAACAACAACACAUACACAUUCCUAAUUUCCAUCGGAAAUGUCAAAACAAAUCCUCUUUUCUUUCCAUGUUGAAUCCAAAAUCUUCUAUCUUUUUCUCCUUAUUGCCUUUCAUGUCUAAAUGAUUUUUCCCCUGAGGCACACCAACUUUUCUGAGUUUUGUUUGGAGUAAAGAUAGGAGAGAAAAGUGAAAAUGUUGCAUAGAGCUGCGAGCAAUGCGUAUUCAUGGUGGUUGGCCAGCCACAUCAGAACAAAGCAAUCAAAAUGGCUGGAACAAAACCUUCAAGAUAUGGAGGAAAAGGUGGCAAGUGUGCUUAAACUCAUUGAAGAAGAUGGAGACUCCUUCCGCAAGAGGGCAGAAAUGUAUUAUAAGAAGAGGCCAGAACUGAUAAACUUUGUUGAAGAAUCUUACCGGGCUUAUCGUGCCUUGGCUGAAAGGUAUGACCACAUUUCAACAGAGUUGCAAAAUGCCAACAACACCCUUGCUUCCUGUUUUCCAGAUCAAGUUCCUUUUAUGGAUGAUGAUGAUGAUGAUGCCUCACCAAGGUUCCCAAAGAAGCCUCCAGAAAUGCCAAAAUCAAGUAAUAUCCCCAACGUUCCAAAGGGUAAACCUAAAGAUUUUAAAGGCCUUAUAACUUCGGCCACAAGGAAACUGCAGCCUGAUAAGUUAUCAAAGGCAGCAACUGAUCUUGCAGCUGCUAAAUCUGGCAUGAGUAAGGAUGAAGGGCUUGCGAAAAUUGAUAAGCUUCAAAAACGGAUCCUAGCUUUGCAAACGGAGAAGGAGUUUAUUAAGAGUUCUUAUGAAAGUGGACUGGCAAGAUACUGGGACACUGACAAAGAAAUUGUACAAAUGCAAAACAAGAUUUGCAACUUGCAAGAUGAAUUUGGUGCAGGUAAUGUCAUUGAAGAUGAUGAAGCUCGGACCUUGAUGGCAGAAGCAGCUCUGAAAUCAUGUGAACAGACAUUAGCCCAGCUUCAGGAGAAACAGGAAAGAUCAGCUGAGGAAGCAGAAGUGGAACGCAAAAGGAUAAAGGAUGCUUGGCAAAAGGUGAGGUCUAUAAAGCAAGAGUUUCUCCCAAAUGAAGUCAGUGAGGAAAUGCAACCUGAAGAAGAUAAACCAGUGAAAGCACAAGAGAAAGCAGAAAGAUCAAAGCAAGAGGUGAAUGGAGUCAGUCAGGACAGGAGGGACUUAGAGAUGUUGCAAGAGAAGAUAAAGGAACACUUUGAGGAUGAGUUUAGUGAAAAUCCUGCUGUGUCAGAGAUGGCGGAGAAAAUUGAUGAACUUGUGAACAAGGUGGUUAGCUUAGAAACUGCAAUCUCAUCACAGACAGCCCUUAUUCAGAGACUAAGAACAGAAAGCGAUGAGCUUCAAGUCCAUAUCCAGGCCUUGGAGGAUGAUAAGGCCACCCUUAUUGAUGAUAAAGACAAUUUGAGAAAGAAGUUGAAGGAAAUGGAGGCAAAGUUGCGCAACCUGCAGGAUCUAAACAAGAAUCUUGAAGACAAAAAUAACUAUCUCCAAACCAAUUUUAGUGAAGCACAAUGCAGUCUCGAGCACUUGACUGAGAAACUGCACAGCUUGAAGCUCGAUAUGGAACUUGAAGUCACAGUUUCAUCAACAGGAAAUAAGAGCUCUCAAGAGGAAGCCAAAUCAAAGAAGGAAAUGAUUCCUAGUGAUGGUUUCAAGAAGCCAAAGAGUGUGAAAUUAGAUGAGGAGCUUAAGGUUUUGGGUUCGUCACAACAGGAGAAUCCUCCAGCUGAAUCCAAAUCCCAGGAAGAGUUUGAUGAACAAGAACAUGUGAAAAAGAAUCCUAGCGAUGCAAACAAGAGUGUGCAAGUUGUAAAAGCAGAGGAGGUACCCAAGGUCCCAAUUGAAGCCAUGUCCCAGAAAGAUGAGCAAGAAAGUGAAAAGAAGCCUGGUGAUGGCCAUGGGAAGGUGCAAGUUUUGAAGGCAGAAGAGGAACUCAAGGUUCCAGCUGCAGUCAAAUCUAAGGUUGUGAAUGCAGAGGAGGGGCUUAAAUUCCCAGUUGAAGCCAAAUCUCAGAAAGAGUUUGAUGGGCAAGAACAAGCAAAGAAUCCUAGUGAUGGAAGCGACAAAGUGAAGGUUUCGAAGGCAGAGGAUGAGGUCAAGGUCACAGGUUCAUCAAAAAAAGAGAAGGAAUCACUGGGGGUGGAUGUCAAGAUGGAAGAGAGGAAGAAUACAACUAGUAGAAGUGAAGGAGGUGCACAUGAAGAACUUGAUAAGCCUUCAGAGAAAUAUCAAGAAUCAGAGCAACUGGCAACAAUGGAAAAUGAUGAGCCGGAUUGGAAGCAGAUGUUCCUAAAUGGUAUUGAAGAAAGGGAAAAGACAAUAUUAGGAAAGUACACAUCAGUUCUUCGAAACUUUAAGGAGACAAAGAAAAAGCUUAGUGAACUAGAGUCCAGUAACCAGAACAGCAUAUUUGAGUUGACUUUGAGGCUAAAAGAUCUGAAGAGUAAGAAUGUCAUGAAAGAUGAAGAGAUUCGAUCUUUACGUCAAAAGCUGAGCCUUUUUCAGGCAGGUGUUAGUGAAAACAAUCAUUCUGACUACCAUCAGUUCAUGGAUGGCCAACCAACUGAACUUGCUGUGACUUCUGAGAAAUCUGUGGUUGAAACCAUAAUAACUUUACCGGGAGAGAAAGAAGAAAAAGAAGAAAUCAAGGUGAUAUUUAUUGACCAGCCUCAGUCCAUUUCACCGAUUGAAGAAAAAUUCAGGAUGAGCAUUGAUGGGCUCCUAGAGGAGAACUUGGAUUUCUGGUUAAGGUUUAGCAUUUCAUUCGGUCAGAUACAUAAUUAUGAAACCUCAGUGAAGGAUUUACUAUUUGAGAUAUCGAAACUUGAGGAAAGACAUAAACAAGAUGGAAGUAGCACCUCAAAAUACUCUUUGAAAUCAGAUGUACGGCCAAUAUACAAACAUCUGAGAGAAAUACAAACUGAGCUAACCGUCUGGUUAGAAAAGAGUGUACUACUAAAAGAGGAACUCAAGAACCGGUUCUCCUCUUUGUGUGAGAUUCAAGAAGAAAUCACAAAAGCUUUGAAGGACAGUGCUGAAGAUGAUGACUUCAAGUUCACAAGUUACCAAGCAGCAAAGUUCCAAGGUGAGGUUCUUAAUAUGAAACAAGAGAAUAACAAGGUUGCAGAUGAAUUGCAGGCAGGUUUAGAUCAUAUAGCAACCCUGCAGCUUGAAGUUGAGAGGACUCUGGCAAAGUUGAAUGAAGACUUUGGGCUAGCUGGCUCAAAGAAUCGUCCUGGCUCUGGCCAACUGCAACACUCACAUAGCCAGUCUCGAGUUCCUUUAAGGUCGUUUAUCUUUGGUGUCAAACCUAAAAAGCCAAAGAAUUCCCUCUUUGCACUAAAUAAGAAGUACAAUGGAUUCAAAUCUGGAUCUAAAUAGGUACAAUUGUUUUAACAGUGCUUGGCAGUUCAUACCAUAUUUUUCUUCUGAGUUUUUUGUUGUUUGCUUUAGUGACAUAUACUUUGGCCGAAAACAAAGCAUUUCUCUCUCAUUUUAUUCUUGAAACUGGGGGAAAUGUAUGUUUUCUUUAUAUUGUAGAUGAUUUAUAGCUAUCAGAAUGAUAAGAAUACAUUUUGUUAAUUUGC